AUGGCGCCGAUCGUACAGGAUUGCUUCGCUCGCCCACUCUGGAUUCGGACCAUCCUGGCAAAUAAUGGGGGACAGCAAGCCACGACCGACGCUGUGGACGGGGCUGCCGUUACGCACGCCACUUCCACGACUAUCUACCUGGGCAUAGGCGUUGGCGUGGGAGGAGCAAUCUUGGUCGCUAUUAUUACGGUCGCUGUACAAAUCAUCCGUACACGGCUGCAACACCGACGCAUGAUCGCCGAGCUUGAGAGCAAUAGUGAGCCUGUGCCUUUCGGUCUACGUCAACAGCAGGAGAUUGGCGAAGUGCCACGUCCAAUGAGUGCUGCUCGUUGCAGUGCACUCGGUGCUCUUCACGCGAGAGCCGGAUGGGGUGCCCUCUCAUCCGACGAACAGGUACAUGUGCCGGAUUCUGCAGGUCAAACGGGGCGGCAGAAGCGAAAGUCCAUCGCAUUACCAAAACGCAUCAAACAGCACGGCAUACCGCUAAGAGGCCUCAAGCACCUGUCAGCAAUCAUCGAAAGCCCAAGAAGUAAGUCAGCGAAGUCACCAUCGCCUGCAAUGCUAGAGUGCACCACAACUCUACCACAAGCACGAAGCGCGGAAAGCAUUGCGAAGAAGAAGGCUGUUCACUUGCCUCGGCAACAGAGCAGUGAAGAAGACGUCUUCAUCAUGCCUGGGAGCCCAAAACCUGAAGUGCUGCCAUCUUUCGCAAUCCGAUCACCCGGAAUGUACGGAGCUGCUAUUGCGAAUGAUGACCGCCCACGACCACCCAGAUCUGCCUCCGUAGGCGCAAUACCUGGCCCUGUACACGAGAGUACAGUUUCGAAUGCAGUGUCAAGGCCUUCAAGACCGAAGAUACACAUCCGAUCGAUCAGCCUCGGUGCCCCUCCAACUCAGCCUCCGUCUGGACCCGUCCCGCCAUUGCCCGUCAUUGUACCGCACGGCAGAGCGACUGUUGAGGCUAGCCGGCAAGGUCUCUGCGUCUCACGAAUGUCCUCAUCCAGCCAAGAAUCGGCUGGGAGCUCAGUCCUCGUUACCAGCCCUUUGCUGCACCGUGGCGAUGAGGGCCAGUCUGUUCAUUCACCGACUGUGGAGCAGGUUGUAGCCAAAGAUGGAAGUGCGCAACUAAAGGUGGUUACCAACAGACAGUGGCAGAACCCGCAUGUUACUGGUCCACGUCCAAAUGAUGUUCGUCGCCUGGAUGGAGACCCUGAUACCGACCCUGGCUUAUCCCGACAGCAUCCCUCGAUCAGGAGUAACUUCGCUCGCUGCAGCAACUACUCCGGCCGUCUCUCCAGCGCUAGCACGGUCUCCAGCAUCGGAGACGGAAGCGAUAUGCCAGCGAGCAACCGCCUCUCCGUUCCCACAGUCGCUACAGCAGACAGGGUGAGCAUAUCUCGUAUCCCCGCUUCUGACAGCCUAAAGACCAGCUCAGGCCACACUACCGUGCAUGGCGCAGUUCGGAAGGUCUCCACGCCUAGGAGGUCAAAUCGAACAUCCAGCGUCUCGGCGAACGGUUCGCCCACUGAAAGGCGCAAGACAGGCGUUCUUCGCGACAUCUCCGGAAAUGCUGUCUUGACAACACCCUCACGACAAGCAAGCCAGGCGAGCUCGCUCACGCAGGACUCUAGCUUGAGCGGUCGGAGCAGUAAUGGAAACCCUUUCCAGUGGGAUCAGUCUCUGCCGCUGGUUAAGCCUUCCUCGUUGAAAGGCAGCCCAACCAGUAAAGGCAUGAAAGGCCACAAACGCCAAAACUGCGUAAGGAUCUCCAUCCUGGCACCGCAAAUACUGGGCCCGCCAGGUGCGCCACCUGCGAGGCCGACAAGCCCAAGCAUUAUGCACGGCAUUGAAGAGGAGGACGGUACAGAAGGUGAGGAAGGCGAAGGUUGCGGAUUGGUAGCUAGCCAUCGAAUACCUCGAGCCCACAGUGGGAAUAGUCUGGCAACUCAGUUGAGAGCUCAGCAGCCCAGAGUAAGCUUGACGCCGAGUUCGCCUACUCUAUCAGCUUGGGUUGCUUACCAAGAGCACGUUGCCGACCAAGCAAGAAGCGGCAAUGGUAGCAGUGGCCUGCCAAGCCAGACAUCGGACUCGCAGUCCUCAUUGUCGGUGUCACCUCUUCAGGCGAAGAACGUAGGAAGACCUACGUCAAGGCAAUCUGAUCGGUCUUCAGCCUUCAGCAUUCCGCCGUUUCCAUCGCCCAGUCGGGCUACAGUCGCAGCUAUUCAGAUGACGCAGCCAAUACCGCAGUUCUACUUGUCACGCCCUUCCACGGAUGGCCCGGAAGAGGAAAGCUCAAGCCCAAUACCGCUACAGGCUUGCGCAGGGGAGGACCAGCUGGUGAGUGAAGAAGACGACGGGGAACCGCUACCAUCAAGCCCUCCUAUCCCGAUCAGUAAGCACACUGAGUACGAUCCUGCCUGGCCUACUCUAGCUUCAACAAUCCCUCGGGAGUACGAUCCGACGAGUCCCAAAUGGCCGUUGCACGCCGAAGCAUCUGCUGCUGAACUUAGCGAUACCAGCUAUUUUCCGUUUGCGGUACGCAACAACGCGGACGUAGCGGCGAGAGACCCUAUCGGAGAGGUCUCGCCACAGAGCCAACCGAUCAGCUACGGCGGCCGUAUCCCAGACACGCCACCAUGUUCGCCGAAAAGCGAUCCUGCAGAACUCAAAUCUUCCGCCAACAGGGCUCGCCAGCAGGAAACAUCCAUUCUCAGCAGGCCGGGCAGGAGCACCGUUACAGAUAAAUUAACAAGCGCCAAUGCUUCUGCGAUCAUGGCGACUAUACCAGAGAGCCUUCCGUGCACUGGUUUUCCUACCGCAGCACCAGUCCUACCGCCUCCACAUCAAGAGUCACCAGCAGGUACAACACCCAUGCCACGCAGACAGCGAGCAGUGUCCAGCGCUCUGCGUCUGCAGCCUCUCCGCCCACCUCCUAAGCCACCUGCGAGUGUAGGCGAGACUAUCGAUAUGCCCGAACCACUACGCAUCAGGCCCGUCUAUGUGCGAGAUGAUAGCAGUCCGACAAGCCCGAAAGGACCCCGGAGUGAGCCAGCGAAGUCAGUUCUCAAAAAUGCAAUGGCCCUGCGAAGGAUGAAUAGCGAGAUCGAUCAUUCGCGCCACUACCGCCGUGAAAGUCGUCUUUACCAAAGGCUUGGGAGGGAAGCAAGCCCACUACUUCCAUGGGUAGAUUCGGACCUCGAGGAAAGCUGUAACAACCUCUUCGACUUCGACUUCGCCGAGCAAGACGCCGGAGCCGGCGCCGAGGAGCAUGACAGCGAUGUUACGAGUAAAGGCGCGCUAGACGAGGUUGACGUCUCCGCUAUUCAUCGCCGACUCGAUGGUGCUUUGGCCGACUUCGAAGCCGAGCCUGUCUCAACGCCUAGUACCGUAACGCUGUCCGAGCGACCAAGCAGUGUCUGGGAAAAUGGCGAAUUGUUUUGGCAGCGACGGCCACAGUACACCUUUCCGCCGAAUACGCCAGCAAGUAGAUGGAGUCGUGACACCAACCCAGCAGUUAACAAUGCCUGGGGUCGAGCCACCAAGCAGUAUCAUGAAGACACCCCGGAGCCUGUACGAUUCAGAUGGCUUUCUCAGAGCUUAGGCGGAAGCAAAUACUUCGAGUUGUGUUGGGAUUUGAAAGGCGACUAUCAUACACCCUUUAUGAGCGACCCGCCUUCCAAUACCUCGCUUGCAAGCUUCAUUAAGAGCAGUGCCAUGGCCUAGCAUCAUGUCGCAUAAGGCAGCUGGUGCUUCCUGCAAGUUUGGGUCGCCACAGGUCCAAUUGACUGAGCGCCGAGUCGGACUGUAUCUGAACUAGGCGGAUUCUCCAGUCUUGCAGUGUACUUCCCAGGAACUUCGUGGUCUGCUCGUUUGACGUUGCCGCCAGCCCUGUCUCGGCGCUCAACUCCGUGUUUGCGUGUGGGCACCAGAGUCGCAUUGUUGGGACUGGAAUUAAACCACUGAGAUCGAGAACGUUCCCAAGACCACAGCCAGUCACUAAUCACCUGUUGUUUCUGUGUGAUGUCGUCUCAAGCAUCGCGUGACUGUGGGAUGGGCAACACGAAGCCUUCUUGUUGGCAGCACAUAGCGGAUGAUACAGCUACAUCGGGCCUGAGCGGCACGGUGUGACGGCCGACAUGG